AUGGUCUGCUGGAGUCUAUGGAACAGGAGAAAUAACUGGGUUUGGAACCAUGCUAAUGGCUCAGUUUUUGGUGUAAGAAAUAAUGCCAGCCACUUACUUAUCGAAUGGAAGGAAGCUCAAAUCAAAGAAAAUGACAGACGUACUCGAGAUGAAGUAGGAGCAAGAGUCUGGAAGCCUCCAGAUGCAGGAUGGUUGAAAGUUAAUAUAGAUGCUGCGGUGUUCCUUAAUGGCAACAUAGGUGUUGGUGCUGUUAUCAGAGAUGAAAAUUCUUGUUUUGUAGCAGCCAGAGGAAAGAAAAUUGCAGGUGCAUGGACGGCCAGAGAGGCAGAGGCAGAGGCAAUUGGCCUUAAGGAAGCUUUAUCGUGGAUCACUGACAAGGGGUAUAAGCAGUGUGUAAUCGAAACAGAUUCAUCUGCUCUAGCUGCUGCAUGUAAUGGUGGACAGGGAGAAGCUUUCUUUGGUACCAUUGUGAUGAAUUGUAUUCAGUUACUUAAGCACGUAAAUCAAGUGCUAGUUGUUUUUAUUUAUCGCUCUGCGAAUACGGUAGCUCAUAGGCUUGCCAAAGCUGCCUAUUCUAUGUCAGACGAAGGGGAGUGGUAUGUCACUCCACCUCAGUUCCUUGAUCAUGUAUUGAGUUUGGACAUGAUUUAA